UCAAGCCAAAUUAUGGGUGGGAAAAUGUUUAUGUUUUAGGUAGGGAGGUGAAUAAUUUUUUGAGGGUUUUCUUCUACUCGUCAAAAUUUCUGUAAUCAGAUUUUUUUAAUGGAUCAUCUAUCUCAAUUUUAUUUUUUUAGUUUUUCAAUUUCAUCAGUUUAAGUAGAACAGCGAAAUGAAAAUGUGGAAGAAGCAAACCAAAUCUGUAUUGCUUUUGUUACGACGACACUACUCAAGGAUCUCUCCGCCGCACCCGGUGGUGGUACGCGUUACCAAAAAUAACGUAGCCCACCUGGGCCCACCGAAGCCGGGUCCAAAGCCACGGCAGCUGCUGUCUUUGCCUCCUUUUCCAGGGGAUAAUCUCCCGGGAAAGAAUUGGGGGCAGCAGGAUCACGUGACCGCCAUCAGUUGGGUCAAGUAUUACUUUGAUGAAGUUCAAGAUUCCAUAAUUCAGGCUCAUUUCAACCAGGGUCUUUUCAGGUUCAAAUGGAAGGUCCAAAUAAGGAUGAUUCUAAAAUUGAACAGGAUGGACAAAUGAAACCCAUGAAAAGGAUUAAGCCUAAUGAGGUGAUGGAAGUGGGGGUGAGAAUCUUUAUGCCUGUGUCGGUUUUGGAGAAUAGGAUUUCAAAGAGAUUCGACACUAUACCAAGUGGAACGUUAUAUCCGAAUGCUGAUGAGAUAAAUUAUUUGCAAAGACUAGUGAAGUACAAGGACUCUUCUAUACUUGUUCUAAAUAAGCCCCCAAAAUUGCCAGUCAAGGGUAAUCUGCCUGUUCAUAACAGCAUGGAUGCAUUGGCUGCUGCAGCUUUGUCGUAUGAUUAUGAUGAGGGUCCUAAGUUGGUACAUCGUCUUGAUAGAGAGUCCAGUGGCCUACUUCUGAUGGGGAGAAGUAAAGAAAGCAUUUCUCUUUUAAAUUGGUUGUUCAGUGACCUGAAUAAAGGAAAAUCGUCAUGUAAGGCUUGGAAUAUUGCCUGUGAAGCAAUGUAUCAACGGUAUUGGGCAUUAGUCAUUGGAUCUCCCAAGGAAAAGCAAGGGUUAAUUCAUGCUCCUCUUUCAAAGGUGCUUCUUGAUGAUGGUAAGACUGAAAGAAUCAUACUGGCUCAGCACACAGGUCUCGAGGCUUCCCAAGAAGCCAUAACUGAAUACCGAGUUCUUGGUCCUACGAUUAAUGGAUGUUCAUGGAUUGAGUUGCGUCCACUUACUGGUCGGAAACAUCAGCUCCGUGUCCAUUGUGCUGAAGCCCUCGGUACUCCUAUUGUUGGUGACUAUAAGUAUGGUUGGUUUGUGCACCGGAGAUGGAAGCAGAUGCCUCGUAUUGAUAUCGAGCCUAUGACUGGUAUGCCAUACAAGUUGCGAAGGCCAGAAGGUUUAGACGUUCAGAAGGGAAGUGUCUUAUCCAAGGUCCCCUUGCUACAUCUGCAUUCCCGAGAGCUUGUUCUUCCUAAUAUCUCAAAAUUCCUGGAUGUUCUGAAUAAGAAAUCAGAAAAUGUGGACUCCGAGCUGAGCUCAAAGCCAGAUCUCCUUCGCUUUGUUGCAUCGAUGCCCUCACACAUGAAAAUUAGUUGGAAUUUAAUGUCCUCCUAUUUAGUGUAAGAUCUAGUUGUUUGUAUUGUAGAACUUUACACAACCAUAUGAACAAGAUAUUAUUAUCAUGGAUGCUCUCUCCUUGUUUUUGAUUGUCAUAUCUGAGAAACUAUUUUUUACUUAUUCUCAUGGCUCUCGAAAAGAGAAAGGGCAGUAACCUUCUUCGCCCAUGUUUGUCCACUAAGGAUGGGAAAAGAUGAUUGACUUAUUAAGUACUGAUUUUGUAAGUUUCUGAGAAA